GUGAAGUGAUCCAAACCAGCCAGCCCAAUAUCAUAGUUAAAUAACUCAAAACAAGACGCAAAAUGUUCUCACUACUUUCUGUGUUCGUGUUGGGCGUAGCUGCUGCCGCUGCCAUCGAGCUGAGUCCCAUUUACCAUGCGCCAGCGACGCACAUUGUGAAGCCGCUGCUGAAGAGCGUCGAGGUGGAGGCGCCGGCCCACUACGAUUUCAGCUACUCCGUGCACGAUGAGCACACCGGCGACAUCAAGAGCCAGACGGAAUCCCGCAAGGGCGAUCAGGUCCAGGGACAGUACACACUGAUCGAUGCCGAUGGCUAUCAUCGGAUUGUGGAUUACACAUCGGAUGCCCAUAACGGUUUCAAUGCCGUCGUUCGCCGUGAACCCCUGGGCCACAAGAUCGUUAAGGCUGCACCGCUUGCCAAGAUUGUGUCUCCGUUGCCGCUGGCCUAUGCGCAGCCCAAGCUCCUGGCUGCCCCUAAGCUGCCUUUGGGCCUGUACCACUAGGAUCAGGGAUUGCAGAACUGAAACCGAGAGAGCGAGAGCGAGAGCGAGAGAGAGAGAGAAUCCAAACACUGAUUUCAUUGCAUUGACGACCCACAUCUCAAACUGAACACUCAACUCAAAGCAACUUUAACUUUAACAUUUUCUAGCCAGAACUUCAAACACUAUCCUGUCCUCACCUAUACUUUCACACAUCUACGCGCAUCAGUCCCUCUGCUAGGACUCUUUUAAGCACGAUUUAUAUACGUUAUAAAUCUGUGUUUCCUAUGUAUUAUAUAUUACGAAUAUGUGAACAUAAACGCAAUAAAUGCAUUUCUAUAAAUCAA